AUGGGUUGGGUGGCUCAAGAAAUUCAUGAUUGUGUAGAGCAAACUCUAUCUUGUGUUCCUUUAAAAACCCUUCUUGAAAUUUUGGACACAUGGGUUGAGAUUGAGAUAAAUGUACCUAUUGUUUUUAGAGGACCAAAUGGUGUUGCUGCUGGUGUAGGUGCCCAACACUCCCAGUGUUUCAUAGCAUGGUAUGGCGCCUACCCUGGUUUGAAAGUGCUGGGCCCAUACUCAUUUGAAGAUGCUCUUGGACUGCUAAAAGCUACCAUUAGAGACCCUGAUCCUAUUGUUUUCCUUGAAAUGAGCUGUUGUGAAUAUGGUGAGUCUUUCCUUUUUUCGGCAAAAGUUCUUGAUUCCAAUUUUUGCCUUCCAAUAGGGAAAGCUAAGGUUGAGAGGGAAGGAAAGAAUGUCACGAUUACAACUUUUUCAAAGAUGGUGAGCUAUGCCAUUAAGAGUGGAAUUUCCGUUGAUUCAUGGAAUAAUAUGAACAAUCAAGAGAUGAAAGAUGUGGAUGUUGAUAUGGUAAAGGAAUUGUGA